CGGAGCAGCACCGGGGACACAGUGCGUGCGAGAGGCGGAUGCGGCGGCGGAUGCGGCGGCGGCGGCGCGGACUCGGACGUGCGGAGGACGCAGCACAGACGGAGGAGCGGGGGAAACUAUCAAACAGCUUGAGGAUGCUGCCAUCAUCACUUCUGACCUGUUCUUCCUCAGGGUGCACUUGAUUGAUCAACUAUGAUGAAAGCAGAACCCCCGUCAGGGGGCGACGGGACCGCCGCUGGUAGUGGGAGUUCAAACCUGCGGAGUCCCUCACCCCACCGGAACGCCUAUGAGGCGGGUCUGACCGCGGUGAAACAGGCCACAGACCACCUCAACAAUGCAGCCAGGGGAGGUCCCAAUCCAGCUUCCAAACCCACUCCCUUGCCCCGCCCGACAGGGAUUGGUCAGAGAUACGGAUCAAACGUCCACCGCAUCAAGAGUAUGUUCAUGCAGAUGCAGUCACCUGGCGACGAGGAGGAUGGGGCAAAAACAAUAGGGAAAGACCAGACACUCAAACUCUCCCUGCCCAGAGCAUCGAGCCUCAACGAGAACGUCGAUCACAGUGCACUGCUCAAACUGGGGUCCACGGUUUCAGAAAGGGUCCACCGCUUUGACCCAAAGGUCAGCGGUGAGGGAGGGUCCUCGCGGGCGGUUGGGGGGACGUCAACUGGUUUCUCCAAGCUCCAAGAGACCAGGAAGAUUUUUGAACAGCGAACCCUGCAGGAGAAGCAGGCAGCGACUAACCGCAUCUUGCUGAAGAAGGAGCGUGCGGCAGGUCUCCAGGCACACCGUCUGGAUGUGGUUGCCCGGUUUAAUGGCUCGACUGAAGCCUUGGACCGGCUGGACCAGCCGGCGGCAGGAAGCACUGGGCCUGGAGAGGCCGUCAGCCCCACUGUCAGCCAGCUCAGCGCUGUGUUUGAGAAGAAUGACCUGCGGAACAACGUCCACCUCCCCAACCGCUCCUCUACCUCUCCCCUGCCCAGAGGAGAGGGCCCAGUGCUGGCCCCCAAACCUCUAAAGCCUCCGGGACUCGCAAGCAGGAAGAGUGUGUUUCCUCAGGCUAAGGGAGAGCAGGAGGAGGUGACAGGAGGUGAAAGGAGUUUUGCUGAGUCGGAGCAGGAGGUGACAGACGACCCUCAGAGGAGGAAGGAGGAGGAGGGGAGGGAGCUGUCUGCUCAGCCAGGAGACCAGCUUUCUGAAAUCAAAGUGGAGGCAGAGGCCCAGCAUCAGACUGAUGCCAGCAGCUCGAGUACGACGCCAGCCCGAGAGAAGGAGCCCCGGAUGGAGGAACCCGACGCCUCUGCUGGGUUCGGGCUAGUGCAGGUUGAAGUUCAUGCCUCUGUUGAGAAUGGAGAGAAAAACUCUUCCUCUUCUACCCCUUCCUCAGCUGAGGGGGAGAAAGGAGGAUACUCAAAGCGGAGGGGAGAAGAGGAAGAGGAGGAGGAGGAGUCGAGGAAGGAGGACUUUUCGGAGGGCGAUCUGGUGGAUAUCAGUGCAUACAGUGGCCUGGGGGAUGACGACUCUGAGGGGAGCCAGCUGGAUGAAGAUGAAGAGGAUGAGGAGGAGGCAUACCAGCUGGAGAGCAGCUUUUCUGAAAUCCCAGGUCUCCCUGAGGAGGAGGAGCCUCCAGCAGCUAAUAGGAAGAUUCACUUCAGCACCGGACCAAUCAAGGUGUUCACGACCUAUUCCAACGAGGACUAUGACCGCCGUAACGAAGACGUGGACCCAAUGGCAGCUUCAGCAGAGUACGAGCUCGAGAAGAGAGUUGAGAAACUGGACCUGUUUCCUGUGGAACUGGAGAAAGAUGGUGGGGGGUUAGGGAUCAGCAUCAUCGGGAUGGGAGCAGGUGCUGACAUGGGUCUGGAAAAACUCGGUAUCUUCGUCAAGACCGUCACAGAUGGAGGUGCAGCGCACCGCGACGGCAGGAUCGAGGUGAAUGAUCUGAUAGUGGAGGUCGAUGGCGUCAGUCUGGUUGGAGUCACUCAGAGUUUUGCUGCAUCUGUCCUCCGUAACACUACGGGUACUGUCAGGUUUGUGAUUGGCCGGGAGAAGCCAGGGGAGCAGAGUGAGGUGGCCCAGCUCAUUCAGCAGACUCUGGAACAGGAGAGAUGGCAGAGAGAGAUGAUGGAGCAGAGAUACAACCAGUACCUGGAGGAUGACGAGACUGGUGAGUAUGCUACUGAUGAGGAAGGAGAAAUGAGUCCCAUGUUUACAAACUCUGUGGAGGUUUUUGACCUGGCUGAGAACCAAGACCUGCUCUCGCCUGUUGAGCUCGACCCCGAAAAACUGACCCACAAGUUCAAAGAGCUUCAGAUAAAACAUGCAGUGACUCAGGCGGAGAUCCAGCUGCUGAAGAGGAAGUUGGCCCAUGCGGAGCAGGAUAAACUGCGGUGGCGUAUGGAGCGUGCUCAGUUGGAGCAGAACAUCCGGGACAAUAAAGACAGGAUGGAGAAACUGGAGGGUUACUGGAUGGAGGCCCAGUCCCUGUGUCAGGCAGUGGAUGAGCACCUUAAGGAGACUCAGGCUCAGUACCAGACCCUGGAGAGGAAGUACUGCAAGGCCAAGAGACUGAUCAAAGAGUACCAACAGAAAGAGAUAGAUUAUUUGAAGAAGGAGACAGCUCAGCGCAGAGCUCAGGAGGAAAGCGAAGCCUCACACAAAGAACAGACCGACUCCCUGCAUGAAAAGAUCACAGACCUGGAGACCAAAGUGGAUGCCCUGAGAAGCACUGAGCCCUCCUAGACUUGCAUCACUUCCUGAUUCCUGUCAGGAACAGGAAAAGGAGGAGCCCUUGAUGGCGAUGGGGGGCAUGUUUUUACUCCAAUCAGCCAUUCUACUCGACAGAGGGGCAGAUGUGAGAGGAGGGCAGAAAAACAAACCCAAAUUCUCCACCAACACCUGUUAUUGGCUUAGAGCUCUGCCAGUCAUCAACCAAUUCCAGAAUGCACUUCCUUCAAUUCCCAGAAUCCUCCUCGUGUCUGACAGGAAACUUGCUGUGCAGCCGGCAUGGGAGCAUCUUCAUACAAACCUCAACACAUCUGACAACUCAAACUCCACCGUCCACACUGGGCUGCAGCCCAACACCGCCCAGGACUUCAUGCUCCUCUGUACAUCAGCAACAAGUACUUCCUACUUCUACUAUUCUGUCCACUUUAUCAAAAAACAAUAAGUACCUUUAACGAGAAGGUCUGUCCUAACAGGACUCAAGUCUGUUGAGUAAAAAUCAAGAAAACAAACCAAAGAGUCCGCCCUGGUUCUCCGUCUGACCCGGGAUUUGGUGGGAAACCUCCUUUUGGGAUUCUUUACUCUUAAACUUGAUUUUUGAAUCUGUCUGGAAAUGGACUGAACUGGAUUUUUAUCAGUAGAAUGAAGACAUUUUCUGUUUUACAGGAUCCUCACAAGCAGACUGAGUGUUCUGACAGAGACUACAGAUGGCUGUCCUGCUUCUUUAAUUCAGUAGAAAUUAUAUCAGCUAAAAGGGUUCCUAGUUUGAGAUGCUGUAAAAGGACAAAAUCAGAAACAGCCAAAUCCUUUCUUGUAGUGACAAAAAAAAAAAGUCUCUGACAUUUUUUCUUUCUUGACAAACUGUCCAGAACGGUGCAGAGGUCGGAGCCUGACCUGCUGGACUAGAUGCUUUUGUCUGUCUUAGUGCUUGUACAUAUUCUUUUAAACAUUUUUACAAAGGCAGAAGCAGGGAGCACAGCGCUGGGCUCAUGUUUUCUCUAGCGAGCGGAAUGGUGGCCGCCAUGUUUCAUAUGUGCUGGUCUGAACUGUUAUGUUCUCGUAUCCACAGGCCGGCCGCUGGUCCUGCAUUCUCAGCAGGCAGGUUGGAACCAUGAAUUCUGUUUACAGUCAUGCACACACAUACAGAGAUGCUCCUGUUCACAUCACAGCCUGAGUCAGCUGGCUAGCAUCCAGCUAGCAUCACCACAUCCUGUGUGCCCUCCAUCCAGCUAGCGUCACCACAUCCUGCCAGCAUCCAGCUAGCAUCACCCCAUCCUCACGUCUGUCCUCCAGCCAGCUAGCAUCACCACAU